AUGUUAUAUGCCACAGAACUAGAGCGGCGGGAGCGGCCCAGCAGGGAGGAGGGGCCCGGAGCCCUUGGUCCUGGCCGGAGAGCAGCAGGAGGAAAGCUGGGGAGACCCCAGAAAGGGAAGAAUAGAGACAGCUCUUUGGUCCCUUGGCAAAGCCAAACUUCGGGGCUGCAGGGAAACUCUAGACCAAAGCUGGCAGGGGAGAAACUGGUGGCAACAGAGACUGGGGACAGUAGCCUGGAGUCCCAGGAGCCUGUCACUGGCCCCUCUCUGCUUGACCUUCUCCGGGAGCUGGGUCAGGUCCAGCACAGCAGAGAGCGUGCAGCAAAGCUGUUUGGGUGGCUGAUUGCACCCAUCUCUCCACAGCAAUUCUUUGAGCAGAGCUGGGAAAAGAAACCCCUCUUGAUCCAACGACGCAAUCUAGCAUAUUACCAGGGGCUCUUCUCCACUUCCACUUUUGAUGCAAUCCUGCGGGACAAUGUUGUUAAGUUUGGGGUCAACUUGGACGUAACAAGCUAUGUGGAUGGGACGAGGGAGACCCACAAUCCUAUUGGUAGGGCGCUGCCUGCUGUUGUGUGGGAUUUCUACAGGAAUGGCUGUUCCCUACGGAUGCUGAAUCCACAAGCCUUCUCUGCCACUGUAUGGCACUUCCUCUCCAUCCUACAGGAGCAGUUUGGGAGCAUGGCUGGAGCAAACACUUAUCUGACUCCUGCAGGAACACAGGGCUUUGCUCCACACUACGAUGACAUUGAAGCAUUUGUGAUCCAGCUUGAAGGGAAGAAGCACUGGCGGGUUUAUGGUCCUAGGGAUGAUACAGAGGUGUUGCCCCAGUUCUCCAGCUGUAACUUUGCUCAGGAAGAGAUUGGAGAGCCCAUUUUGGAGACAGUACUUGAAGCCGGGGACCUGCUUUAUUUUCCCCGUGGAUUUAUCCAUCAGGGGGACUGUCUUCCUGAUGCACACUCACUCCACAUAACUGUUUCUUCCUAUCAGAGGAACUCCUGGGGAGAUCUGCUGGAGAAACUCCUCCCAGCUGCCUUGCAGAUGGCCAUAGAAGAGGAUGUGGAGUACAGGCGAGGGCUCCCUCUAGAUUACCUAGAAUAUAUGGGGGUCCUGAAUUCAGAUGUGGUAGAUUCUCGCCGAGAUGCCUUUAUAGAGAGAGUACAGAAUUUGAUAAAGAAAGUAGUGGACUAUGCACCAAUUGAUGCUGCAGUGGAUCAGAAAGCAAAGUUGUUUCUUCAUGACUGCCUCCCUCCCGUGCUAACUGAGCAUGAAAGGGCACUGAGUAUACAUGGUGUUCCAGCCAGGUGGGAAGAUGGAGACAUUCGUGAUGUUGAUAUACCAAUAAAGAAAGAGACUCAGGUACGGCUGCUCCGUCAUGGCAUCAUUAGGUUGUGUAAUGAAGGAAAUGGUGUGCUGCUGUAUUACACAACAGAAAACUCAAGAGUGUACCACAAGGAGGAACCCAAAUACUUUGAGAUAGAUCCUGAGUUUACAGAUGGUAUAGAGUUUCUGCUUUCUUCAUAUCCUAAGUAUGUCUGUGUGGAUACCCUUCCAUGUGACACCUUGGAUGAUAAGAUCUCCUUAGCUACCCUCUUGUUUGAAAAGGGCCUGCUGAUUACCAAGAAACCUCUGGUGCCUAUGUAAUUGUUGAAUUAUGAUCAAAGUAAAUAUAUUGUUUAGAAAAAAA